UUUUUUAGGUUAAUUUUAAGAUCACAGGUGUCUGAGAUGUCACAACAAAGAGCGUCAUUAUCAAAUAGUUCAUCACGAAACGAUUAUUGUUGUGUACCUAAAUGUAGUUCGUGGUCGAGAAAGAAUCCAGAUUUAAGUUUUCAUAAAUUUCCCCAUGAAGGAAAAGAGAGAGUUCAUAUGGAAGGUACGGAACUUGUUGAUCGUAGAAAAGCAUGGAUUCUGCGUUUAAAUCUUGGAAAGCCAGCUUCGAAGUUCAUGAAAGUUUGCUCCUUGCAUUUUACGCAUUCAGACUAUUUACAGAAAGAUGGAAAUUCUGGAAGAGGCAGAGUACUGAAAAGAAUAGCAGUUCCAUCCAAAAAACUCCCACAAACCUCACCAGCUCCAACUUCUAAGAUUUUCUCAAACAAAAGGUAUAUGGAAAAAUCAUGGAUGGAUUUGAAAUAUCGUGCCUACUGCUUCAAUGAACGAUCAGAACAAGAACUUAUAGCAGCAGAAGCUUUAGUUCAGCUAGUGAAUGCCAAGUCUGAAAUUAAAGAAUUGAUUGAUAAAGUGGUGCUUAGUACAUAUAAAACAUCCAUAUCUCUGUGAUAAUAAAGUUCUCUCUAGAGUU